ACGAAAAUGGCUUCGAUCAUUUCCAUGUUCGUGCUCGUUGCCUUUCAGCUAUCCAUUCAAGCUGCGAAAUCAGAACCACUGAUACAAGAUGAAGCUUGGGGUUAUGUGGAAGUAAGACCAAAUGCUCACAUGUUCUGGUGGUUUUAUGGAGCUCAGGUGAAAGAUCCAGCAGAGAGAGUUCAAAAACCUCUGUUGAUGUGGUUGCAGGGAGGUCCCGGGGCUUCCUCCACAGGUUAUGGCAAUUUCGCAGAGAUCGGUCCCCUGGAUAUCGAUCUCAAGCCGCGGAAUACAACGUGGAUAAAGGAAGCUAACAUCGUAUUUGUGGAUAAUCCUGUUGGUUGUGGAUAUAGUUAUGUUACAGAUCCAUCGGCCCUCACCACGAACAUCUCAGAAAUUACAGCUGACUUGAUAACCUUCUUCAAAGCUUUUCUGCUCAAGUUCCCAAUUUUCCAGAAGUUACCUUUUUUCAUUGCUGGUGAGUCGUAUGGUGGUAAAAUGGCUGCUGCUUUGGGUAAGGCCUUACAUGUCUUGAUUAAAGAAAAGAAGAUUCAGUGUAAUCUUAUUGGGCUUGCCCUAGGAGACUCCUUGAUAUCUUUUGAAGACAUAACACUCUCUUAUGGACCAUAUCUAUUUUCUUUUUCGCUGCUUGAUGGGAAAGACUACAAUGAUGUCCAAGAAUUGGCCAAUGAAGUUUUCAAUGCUGCCAGUAAAGGAGAUUUCAAGACAGCUAUGGAUUUAACGGACAAAGGAAGCAACCUCAUUGCUAAUGUAACUGACAAUGUUGAUGUUUAUUAUGUGUUGCGUCAUAAUGUAUUAGAUUCUGUCAACACACAUUCCCUUAUCCACAAGAAUACUUCCAGGCUGUCACAUGAUCAAAUGUUUGCACAAUACAUAAUAAGGGCCCACAGUGAUCCUCUUUCUGAGCUCAUGAAUGGGCCAAUCAGAAAGAAGCUUGGUAUAAUACCAGAAAAUGUUACAUGGGGUGGUCAGUCAAAUUUGGUGGCAAACUGUCAACGAAAUGACAUCCCAUCAUCAGUAUUAUCAGAUGUGGGUGAACUUGUCAGGGGAGGGGUGAAAGUGAUUGUGUAUGAAGGUCAGCUUGAUAUGAUCUGUGGGACACUUGGGGCAGAGUUGUGGAUUUCGAAAAUCAAGUGGGAUGGCUUGUCAGAAUUUUUGAAGGCAUCUAGGAAACCAUUGUAUGCACCAUCAAAAUUGGAAAAGAGGGAAACUGGAGCUUUCUUGAAGAGCUAUAAAAACUUUGGGCUUUAUUACAUUCUCAAUGCUGGUCAUAUGGUUCCGAUAGAUGCCCCUGAAAUGGCUUUGGAAAUGAUAAAAAAUGUCCUGAACUAAAGGUUAUCUACCAAAUGGCAAGAGUGUGUCCUGUAUUGUGGCACAAAUGACAUUAUAGUCUCUUGGAGACUUUGAUCUUAAAUAGUCAUAAUACUUGAUUUCGAUGUUUUAAUACUUUAUAAUAAUAAUUAUUUUAUUUUAAUCAUUAUUGUAGCACUGCAAGGCAGUAUUAUUUUUUUCCCUCUCUACAUAAAGAUCAUGUCUCAUAUUUCUUUUUGUUUUGGCUCAGAUUAAGGGAAGCCUUUUGAAACGUAGCUUUUCCAAAUUUGUUACAACAAAAGUCGGUGAAAAUCCCCUAACCUGGGUGUUUCGCAUAGUCUCCUACGAUGGACCUCUGUUUUUUUUCAAAACUCAGCCAUUUUGUCACCUUUUACUCAUAGGAUUGUUUAUAUUACUUCACUUUACAGAGAGAAAUUUAUAAGACUUGUAGAAGUGAUUUUAAAAAUUAAAUUGCGGACAGUGACGAUUACGAGGUAACUUGUUAAUGGACACAAUUUUAGCGUGCAAUAAAAUUUAUUGUGUGGCGUCCGAA